AUGCACACAAUAGGUUUGCCUCGAACAUGCUUAGGUUUUACGAACAUAUUGUUCUUUAUGUUCGGCGUUGUUAGUUGUGGUGCAUGUAUUUGGUGCGUAAUAAACACUGAUUUCUUUCGAGAAGUAAACUACACAGUAACGAAAAGUUCACUAGUGUCGUCUAUAGCAAAUUUCGUGAAUCUUAAGCUAUGGCACACCCCCUUGACGUCACUUCUCAUACCGUUGGCAAUACUAACCAUGCUGACCUCAUGCUGUGGAAUUCUUGGUGCUGGAUGUAAAAUGAAAUGUGCAAUUAAAUCUUACAUUUUUCUCGUUACUGCGAUAUCCUCAACUGUUUUCUGGCUGUUCUUCGUAUCUUGCAUCUAUAACAUUUAUAUGAAUAAUGAAAAAACUAGGAAAUUUAUGCAGGCAACGAUUAUUACCAAUUACGGUAAAGAGAAUGACCUUAUAACCCAAACUUGGGACUAUAUAAUGAUCAACUAUGAAUGUUGUGGCGCAGUCGACUACACAGAUUUCAUAGAUACCAAAUGGCACAAAGCUAAUUUGGAUAAACUGUACCCUGUUCAAUGUUGCAAGUUGGUUAAUAAGACAAGUUUAGUGCCUAUAUCUUCAGACUGUCCUAGAUCUCAUAGUCCAACUGUCGAGACCAAUAAAAAUAAUAGCUGCUUCAAAGCUUUGCAAACUUCUAUCUCUGCAAAUAAAGGGAAGAUAUUGUUUUACAUAAUACUUAUAGCCAUUAUUUAUACGAUUUUGGUUCUCUUUGCUUACUGUAUAAUAAGAGGAAAACCUUUGAUUGGAGCUGUGACAAAGAACUUUAGUAGUUACUUGCCGAAACGUCAAGAACUGCCAAAUCGUGGCGUCCCUUCUAAUUCGUCUUUGGAUAACAUGUUAUUUGUUGAAGAUCCUCCAAAGAAAGUCGUGAAAGUGGUCUCUGCUAUUAAUCCUCUCCAGACGUAUAAAUUUACGCCGAAUGACUAUUCUGCCAGGCAUACAAUGUAUACGCAUAGCAUUAGAUCUGAAGUAAAAUAAAAAUACUUGAAUUCCAA